CACUGCACGGUGUCGACUGGACGCUGCAUCCCUCCGUCUGUGGAGCUGACGAGCAGCAGCAGCAGCAGUAACACUAGCAGCAGUAGCAGCAGUCAGGAGCCCCUCUGCUGCUGGCACACACACAUACAUACACACACACACAUACACACACAGGACACAACGCCAGCUGCCCCUCACUCCUGGACGGGAUCCGUGCCACAUUUCCGUCAGGUUCCAGCUGAUGUCCACGACUGAGAUAUUGUAUAGUAGUCAUUAACCUUAGUUGAAGUUAACAGGAGAGGGGGUUAGCUCGACCAGCAGAUGCUAGCGGCGGGCUGCUCGAUCUGAUUAAGUGCAAGCUAGCGUUAGCUCGCUGCUGCUACACCUCAGACGUUGCGGCCACAUAAACAUGCGGAUCAUCGAGGCGGAGACCCCCGGGACUUCUCCAACCUUAAACGCUUUCCGCAGAACUCGAGUUUCGACCGGCCGCUGACUGGACAUCGAGGAAUCUCUAUGUAACUGUUUCAGGGGGAAAGAGCAACAGAUCUCAAAGACCAGAUUGCCAGCCGAACUUUUCACCUCUCCGACAGAUCACCAGGGACCAUGCUGACCAUCCUAGCUGCUGGGUCUGUGUUCUUUCCAGGCCUUUUCCUGCUGUCCAAACAAUGCCUGAAGUACAUCCCAGCACUGAGAUGGAGCGAAGGAGAUGCAGUGAUUGUAUCUGCCAGGUUGGUGUCCUCAGUCCAGGCAAUCAUGGCUUCUUCGGCUGGCUACAUCAUUGCUUCUUCCUGUGAUGACAUCAUCGAGGACCAGCAUUGGCUGACCAGUGCUUACAUCCUGUUUGCUGUGCCCUACUUUGUGUAUGAUAUCUACGCAAUGUUCAUGUGCUACUGGUACAAACUGCGAGUCAAAGGGCACGAGGAGGCCUCCGCAGCGCCCCAGCACAUGGGCUCAGCACUGACCAGCUACUUGCGUCGCGAGUUCCUCAUGGUGCUACACCACGUUGUCAUGGUCACCGUCUGCUUCCCUGUCUCUGUGUUUUGGCGGCAAGGAAAGGGAGAUUACUUUCAGGGUAUAAUGUUUAUGGCCGAGCUCAGUACUCCAUCUGUCUGCCUGGGGAAAAUACUCAUCCAGUACAAACAGCAACACACUCUCCUGCACAAAGUGAAUGGGGCUCUUAUGCUGAUCACUUUUUUCAUCUGUCGAGUCCUCCUCUUCCCUUACCUCUACUACGUCUAUGGCAGGUACGCAUCGAUCCCAUUCCACAUGGUCCCUCUGUCGGUGCCAUGGCAUUGUAAUCUUGGUGCUGCCCUGCUCAUGGCCCCCCAGCUCUACUGGUUCUCCCUCAUCUGCAGGGGCGCCCUGCGGCUCUUCACGGGCUCUUCUCGCUCCCGGAGACCACCUCCAACCACCGCUGCUGUCAAGGAGGGCCAGAUGGACGGCCACGCACUGCCCCAGCCCGCCAAUGGCUACAGCAUGCGUUCCACAGAGCCCGAGCCAGCCACUCACUGAGAAGAGUGGAGGGGAGGGUGGGGAGGGAAGGAUGCAGAAUGUACCAAUGAGUAUGUAAAAGAGUGAGAGGUAUGAGGGAAUGGUGAAACUUGAAACACGUAGCAACAUAAUCAAAGCUACAGGGGACAUCCUCGAAUAGUGUUUGAAGUCUCUGGCUAGAAGCCCAGUCCUCACAACUUACGGGUUUUGAGGACUGGUGCGUUCUGGCCACCAAGCUUUACAGUGUCUUGGAAACAAGAGUGUUAGCUCACUCAAUACAUAAAGAUGUCAGCUGGCACUGUGACAAAUAGGAACAUGCACUGAAUUGAGAGAGCAAUUUGCGUGUUAAGUAUAGCAAGAAAAGGCGGUGAUUUCCCUCAUGUAGAUCAAAUUCAGUCCUGUCUGCCUGAAGUGUAAGGUAGCACAGGAAAUAGGAAUGUAUUAUAUUGUAUGUUAGUACAUUUGCUGUAGAUAGAAGGCAUAAAUCAGCUUAGUAACAAAGAAGACUUAAAAAAAAAACAUCCUGGCUAAGCAGUAUUUUGACUUGUUAGUGUUUAUUAUCUGUAUCCUCUAUGUAGUCACUGUCACUCUAACAAAAUGUAACCAACCCGCAGACUGACUCAUCUUUAGAAAGGAGAUAAUCUCAUAAGACUGUAUUCUGCUGCCUUAUCCCUUUUCCCAAUUCUUUGCGAUUUCUUUUCGUGUAUUUAUUUAUUUUUAUCCCCCGAGGAGAAGGGAGCGGCUUUCCUUGGACAGAAAAUGUGACGGGUGUACAUAGCUGAUGUAAAAUUGUCCUAAUUUCCAUGUCAGUAUUAGGUUAAUGUUGGAUUUUAGGUUUUUGUCCCUCAAUUCUGCAUCUAGUGUUUCUUCAACCAUUUUUCAGCAGUAGUACGAGAAUUAGAACAGUUUACGUCAAGAAACGUUUCACCAUUUUACUGAUAACUCUGCUUAACAAACACAAACUGCCCGACCCACAUGGCAGUGUUUAUUAAUUCCGUGUAGAUAUGACUUUAUUCCAUUUGCUGGGGACACAAAGUUGAGUUGACAUGAAAAGUGUGUUUGCAUUUUUCCUCAAAAGGAAGUGAUACAAAAUGGCAGUCACUUUAAAAUGAAUUUCCACAUUUUAAGUUCUGUGCUAACCUAACUUAAUCUCAAAAUAUCCAUGAGCGGAUCUUGAAUAGUUCAGAAAGGGGUCCAUGAGAUUUGAGUAUUUUAAGCAACACUAAGAAACUUACUGUUGCAAUUUGAAGGGAAACAAAUGGAACAAUACUCUUGUAUGGAAGCAUUCACUUGAAAUCAGCUUGUCAUAUUUGCCAUGGCAACUUAUUUUGAUGUGGAUUUCUUUAAAAUGUUUGUUUUUAUCAUUCUUGAAUCUAUGUUUGAGCCUUUUUACAUUGUAUUAAUUGUUCCAGUAAUUGAGCUAUUUAUUUGAGCCACUGGUUCUAUGAACCUUAACAUAGUUACAAACUAGCUCAUGAUUUAUUUUAUUUUUUAAAAGCAGUUACACUUUCCUAGCACAUGGGUUAAGGAAAUAAAACAAGGCUCAGAAACCUUCAAGACAGGGCAGCGUGUGCCAAAAAGACUGGACACUUGUGGGCAUGUCGGUGAGUACAGAUCAUCCAUUCCCCUCGGUUCCAUGAAUUCAUCGGGUACUGCUUCUUGCCAAUACUAAGCAUUUCAACUGAUGUACUGUAUAUUCCACAAAAUGCUUGUUAUUUAUUUGUAAGUAUUUAUUUAUUGUUUAUUUAUUCAGUUUAUUUGUGAUUUUUGAAUGCAUAUUUAUGCAUACUAUUAUACUCUGCUUCUGAGCCUUACAAUGAAGGCUGUAUUGUUACUCAAACUCUUAGCUAAAAUAUACUCCUCUGUCCUGAAA